UACUGAAGACCGCGAGUUUAGGACGAGAUCCGUCAGUACUGAAGACCGCGAGUUUAGAACGAGAUCCGUCAGUACUGAAGACCGCGAGUUUAGAACGAGAUCCGUCAGUACUGAAGACCGCGAGUUUAGAGCGAGAUCCGUCAGUACUGAAGACUGCGAGUUCAGAACGAGAACCGUCAGUACUGAAGACUGCGAGUUCAGAACAGACAAAAUGGACUUUAUUAUUACCUGCAACUAAACCGCCACGCUCCUGGAGGUGACGGGUCUCCUGACAGUUGUUCAGCAUGUUGGACCAGCGGGUGGUUGAGCCGCAUUUGAAGGAAGAUGUCCGAGGAUUGAGAGGUAAGGAGCCGUUUGACAGUCAGUACCGCUGCGGGCUGCUGCUGGGGCAGGGCGGGUUCGGUUCAGUGUUCGCGGGUCACAGGGUGUCGGACGGCCUGCAGGUCGCCAUCAAACAGAUGUGCAGAGACAGAGUCCAGCAGUGGGCGAGACUGCCUGGUGAGGUCAGCCCUGUUCCUAUGGAGAUUGUCCUGUUGCUGCGACUGGGUGGAGCUAAAGGAGCAGAGGAUGGAGUUGACCGCGGGGUCAUCAAGAUGUUGGACUGGUUUGAGGUUCCGGGUCGGGGCUUCAUGCUGGUGUUUGAGAGACCUCAGUGCUGCCAGGAUCUGUUUGAUUUCAUUACUGAGCAAGGACCCCUGGAGGAGUGCCUGGCUCAGAGGUUCCUGCAUCAGAUUGUGGAGGCGUUGCAGUUUGUCCACUCCCAGGGCGUCGUCCACCGAGAUAUCAAAGACGAGAACAUCCUGGUGGACAGGAGGACUGGAGAGGUCAAGAUCAUUGACUUCGGCUCUGGAGCGCUGCUCAAAGACACUCCGUACAGUGAUUUUGAAGGAACUCGUGUCUACAGCCCUCCGGAGUGGAUUCUGUCUCAGAGAUAUGAGGCUCGCUCACUGACCGUCUGGUCUCUGGGCAUCCUGCUUUUUGACAUGGUCUGUGGCGACAUCCCAUUCGAGAGGGACCAGGACAUCAUCACAGCAAGGCCCUGCUUCACCAGACGCAUUUCUAAAGAUUGCCAGUCCCUGAUUCGCUGGUGUCUGUCGUAUCGGCCAGAGGACCGACCAACCCUAGAGGAGAUCCUGUCCCACCCCUGGAUGGAGGGAGCAGACACUGUGGAGGAAGGGACUCUGCAGGAGGAGCAGGGCUCGCUACCAAACUCCCCCAUCUAGAACCCUGUCUCCAUGGAGCUUGACCCAGCCAGUCGUUAUGGAGACCAAGGCUGUGUCUACAGACACACCUGUCAGUAAAGUGGUUCUCGGUAGUCUCUUUAGUUGGACUGAACUUGGACCUUGUCUGGUUCUGAUUCACUGGUCUACAGCAACAUGACCCAGACUGCAUCCUCUGAAACCAACGGAACCUCCUUCCUACAUGACUGUCAGAGGCUCAUCAUACAGAAAAACAUCAUUUCUUCUUAUUUUCUAAUUUUUGAUUCUGUUAUUACCUCCUUUGUUGCCACUGAUGCUGUGGAGUCCAGCUGAUGGAGAGAAAACUGUCUGUUGUUUGUUCAGUUUUGAGAGGUGGAUGCUUAUCUGUCCAGUAUGUUUGAGACACACCACACUUGAUGUUAGUUGUUCUGCUGAAUUUCUGUUGUUCUAUUCUAAGAGUAUUUAUUAAGGUAAUUUAUUUAUUUGGCUUCUAGAGGGGACGUCCGCUCAUGUAAACAGGGAGAGAUUUAGUCAAAUGCACCAUGGGAAUUGUUCUUUUAACAGUUUACUCUAAAACCGCCUGUGCUUUAACAGCGUUUGGGUGCCAUUACUCAGAUUGCUACUAGUGAGUUAUUGUACUAGUUUCUACUAUCAUCUUGUGUAUUCAGCUUAUUCUUCAUCCUGUGAGCUAGUUCCGUUAACAGACCACACCUCCUUGAACAGAACCAUCCUGAAGCGUCAUUAGAAACUGGUUUCCUCACUGCAGUCUAAACAGGACGACCCGCCUAGAACCAGGUUCUACCUGUGGAAACCGUUACGGUCACAUCUAAACCAGACCAAGUGAAGACAGAGACAGUCCUGUCCUGUUUAGACUCCGGCUGAGCAAGCAUAACAGGUCUGUGUGUGUGUGUGUGUGUUUCACAGCGAGGUAAUGUCUUUAUCUACUGUGGCCUGGUUCUACAGGUCUACGUACCUCUAUAGAGAGGACAGAUCAGACCGUCGGCACCAGGAGAAGCAACACACCGGUGUUUCUGUUGUCUACCUCUUCUGACAGCAAGCUAACACUGGACAGUGUUUUGUGUGUCUGUCUGUGUGCUAUCUGUGAUGACUGGAGUUCAGUCCUGUCAUAGAAAUGUUGUCCGGCCUGUCCGGCAUGUUGACCAUUUUAUUGAAAUGUAAAGUAGCAGGGUUUGAGACCACUCCUCCACUCAAGACCUCCUUCCAUACACGCUCCUCAGAAAGCUCCCGCAGCUCAGCUGACAUGAGGGCUGUGGAAGUCAGGCUGCAGCCAUAGUUGAUACGUUCAAGGGAAAUGUGUGGGAUUAAGCUGACCAGCAAAACUGAACGCUGGUGUCUGUAAAACUGACUGUUUAAAUAACUCAGCCUCCUCAUCUGAUGACGACGAAGAGGGACACGAUGUCUGCAUGUCGUUGAUAUCUGUUGCCUUAAAAUCCCAGUUGUGUUCGCAGGGAUGGACAGCCAGCUUUUGUUGUAAAUACUUGUGUAUUCGCUCGUUUUCUUUGUCAAAGUGACUCUUCUGCCACUUGUUACCGUUUAUUUACAUUAAAUACGACUUAAUGGCUCGCUAAUGAGAGACUGAUCCAA